CUCUCUUUUUAAUUUGUUUCUAUCUCUUAUUUGGUAAAUAUAUCUUACCCAUAGCCAUGAAAGGUAUAUGAUCUGUUUCUUUUUUAAUUUUUAAUUAUAUUAUCUUUAUUACACAGGUGACAUCUAUUUUGAAUUUACUAUGGAAUAUACUGUAAGCAUGUUUUUGUUUGUUUAGAACUAAUUUCUAGCAGAGUGCAUUCUAGUUUUCCAGAAGUUCUGGUGAAAUAAGAAAGUUCUUUCCAAAGUAAUUUGAUUUCUUUUCAGACUUAUUUAUUAUUUAUUUAUUAUUAUGUCCUGUUAUUUCUGGUUCUCUCUAGUCAAGUCUAAUUGAUCUAAUUCUCUAUUUUUUAAACUAACACUGCAGGUUUUGAUAAUUGCAAAUUGGCUCUUAUUUUUAAGUAAGACUGUAAUUCAAUUAAUGUCAAUUUGGAAGUAAUUUGCUUAUAAUUUCUAUUUUCUCCUUAAUUUCUGAAGAGUUCUGAAAGUCAUCAAAUAUAAAAAGUAAGAAUCGUAAAUAACUAUAGAUAAUAACUGAUGUUUAUGUAGUGCUUAAAAAACAAAGAAUUUUGUACUACUGUUAUCACCCCUAUUUUUUAGAUGAGGAAACCAAUAUCCAGAAAGGUCAAAUAUUUUGCUCAACAUAAUUUACUAAAGUGUUAGAGACAGAAUUUGAAUACAGAUUUUAUUGACUCCAUGUCCAAUACUCAAUUUUCUAUAAUACUCUUAUAUAAGGAUCUUAAAUUAAAUUAAGUAGUAAUUUAACUCUUGUAGGGUACAGCAUCAGUAUUAGAUAAAAUUAGCCUCUUGCUAGUAGCUGGACUUAAUAGAAAUUACAUCAUAUAUGUAUGUACUUUGUUUUUGCUUCAUUAGAAUACUCACAUUUAUUUUCUGUUUUGCUAAUGUUAAGGGUUUCUUUUUUUCUUCUGUUAUGAAGUAUUUACUAUCUCAAAGUAACCUAGCACAAGAACUGGGCUUGUCCUCCCUAUCUAUACUCUGAACAGUAGGAUAGGUGCUCAGAGGGUGACUACUAUGUCUUUCUUUGGUGUCCCAGGGAAAACUAUCAAGCAUUAGGUUGUUUUUCUAAUGCUGUAUUUUACAAACAAUCAGUGAUGCAUUACUCUCCCUAAUUAUCAGUUGCUAUCAAUUAGUUGUUGUUUAGUCAUUUUAGUCAUGUCUGACCCUUCAUAUUCCCAUUUUGAGGUUUGCUUGACAAAGAUACUGGAGCAUUUGCCAUUUCACUCUCAAGCUCAUUUUACAGAGGAAUAAUUUGAGGCAAACAGGGUUAAGUGACUUGUCCAGAGUCACACAACAUCUGAGGCUGGAUUUGAACUAAUUUUUCCUGACUCCAGGUCCAACAAUCUUUACAUUUCAUACCUAGCUUACACUUAUUUAUCAUUUAGAAAAUGGUAUUUUACUAAGGUUACAAUAUUAAGAACAGUUGGUACAAAAUAUCUCUUCCAACAACAAUAGCAACCUCAAAAUUCUGUGACCCAUCUACUACAUAUAUAUAUAUAAUCCAGGGGGGAAGUGAGUUUAAUUUAGAAUACAGACUAACAGAACUAUCUCAAAGUUCCUAGAAGUCCUUUUGCUAUAGUCCAUAAGAUAUUCCCCUUUAGAUAUGGUGUACUUUCCUGUGGGUUACUGAAAAUACUUUUUUCUCAAUGUCUCAUUUUUUCUUGGCUCCCAGUACAGAAACUACCUCUGACCAGGGCUUGCUUCUACUAUUUGCUAGGUAGAUAUUGGCAUCUCCAAAUAUGAACUAACUUACAGCCUUUAUGUGAACCCCAUAGGAUUUGACUUGAGUCUCCUUAAACAAUCCUUCUGUCCCACCCAGUUGAUAAGUUCAUUGAUAAGUUGUUUAAAUUCAGUUGUUCUCACUUGGUUAAGGCAGGUCCUUUAAGGGGUAGUAGUGCUGGUAAUUGGUUGACUUAGGCAACCCACACCCUUAAGGUCAACAUAAGUAAUGGAAAAGAGAAAAAUAUACCCUCUGACCUCACCUUCUGAGAUGAGAAGAUAGCUUGGUUUCCAUGAAUAUUCUAAUAUCAAUAACUCAUUAAGAAUUCUAAAAAGGACCAUUUGAUGGUAGUUUAAGUGCUACAGGAAUCUGUUCUAAGAGAUUUGGAUUGAAUCCAACCAUUCAUUUCGUUUGAGUAAGUAGAUAGGCUACUGUAUUUCAGUUUAACACCAAGCACAUGUAGCAUGCAUUAAAAUGAGCAGUUUUUUCAUGUUUUAGGAAAACAAUCACAUCAGAAUCCAGUAGGUCAGGAGUAUUGGACUCCUUUAUUUCAUUUAUUUAUUUGGGGGGAUUUUAUUUAAUUAAUUUAGCAUAUUUUUCUGUGGUUACAAGGUUCAUGUUCUUUCCCUCCCCAUUCCUGGAGCUCACACAAUAUAGGACUCUUUUAGACUGCCUUUUCUUUUUUUUUCCCCUUCUCUCCUGAAAAACAAAAAAAGAAAUUUGCUAAAGUUAUUCAUUUUACAUAUAAAGGACUGGAUCAAGUUCUUUCUUGUCAGAUCAUCUAUCUUAGUUCACUUGGUGUCACUAAUAACUUUAGUAUUCUGUACUCAGAUUUAAGUUAACUUAAAUAAACACUUUAUGUUUUUAUUAAAGAGAAUAGGUAAUUCUUAUAUCUCAAGUUUUUUUUUUUUAAAUUUUGCAACUUGGUUAACUAGCUUGCCUAGUUUUCUCCAACCCUUUAUUUUAUUAAUGGAAUUUCCAUGGUCUCUUGAGACCCAUCUAAUUUCUUUUAAGUGAGGUCCUGGGAAAGACCUAAGUGUGGCCUAAAUUCUAAAAUAUUGUGAAACUUGGGAUCUUAGGGAUUAGACCUAUUAGGAAAUUUAGAUAUCACAUGGCCAAACCCCACUUAUUUUACAAACAAGGAAACAAAGACCCAAAGAGAUCAAAUGUGAAGUGUUGGAGUUUACAGUUUUAAAAAUGCAAAUGAGUAAGAUUUUAGAGAGUCUCCUCUUAUUUUUAGCACAUUUUCUUGUCAGGAAUUUUGAAUGUAUCCCUCACCAUUAAAACAUGGAAACAGCAGCCAAAAAAACAGAAAGAAAAAUAAACUAAAAUUACUGAAACCAGACAAAGAAUUUUUUCCAUGUACUCCCUGCUGAUUAUGGCCCUCUGCUCCCUUUCCCUUCCCCUCAAAUUGUUUUAUUUAAUUACAAAGCAGGUUAAGGCAGAUGCUUCCGCCAAGACUUGAUUUGUUAAUUUUGCCUAACACAUUCACAGUGAAUUUCAAGGGUGGGAAAACAUGGUGGGGAAAACAUAAUGGGCAAGGGAUGGAACCUUUAAAAGAAACUGAGCAAAGUCAAUGAAAAGAGAAAGUGGGGGGUAGGGGAAAGGCAGCAGGGAAACUGUAGCUGAUGCUGGUAAUCAGUAGCUCACUGAGAGUGUAAUACACACUUUGGCAACCAGCUACAUUCCUGAAGUGACAAGAUGACUCGUCACUGUCUUUGGUUCAAGCACUGGUCUAGGCCUGGGCAUAUAAAACAAAAAAUGAAACUGUUGCUUUCUUUUAAGAGUUUACAUUCAAUCCAGGGAGACGUGUGCUUAUACAAAAUAAAUAAAAGAUGCUUCUUUAUGUAAGGGAGAGUCUAGAGUCUAGGAGUGGGGGUUGGGGUAAGGUAGAAAUAAAAAAAGGCACCAUCAAGGAAGUGACACUAGGAAGGAAACCAAGAAUUUUUGAGAGGAAGAGGUGGAGGCAGAAUGCAUUAAGAAUGCAUUCCCAUACCUAUACAAAGGCAUAAAUACAGCAAUUGGGAUGUCUUACAGGAGGAACAGCCAGAAGACCAGAUUGACUGGACCAGAGUAUGUAAAAGAGAAGAAGUUCUCCUCUUCUUGACUGACCAUUGAUCUCACUUUAUCAAGAGCUGCUUUCUUUUGGUGAUAAGGAUGGCCAAACCAUAUGAAUUUAACUGGCAGAAACCAGUCUCUCCAUUUAUACAGGAGGGAGCCAUUUUUGACAGAUAUGAAGAGGAGUCCUUUGUAUUUGAACCUAACUGCCUUUUCAAAGUGGAUGAAUUUGGCUUCUUUUUGACCUGGAAAAGUGAAGGAAAGGAAGGACAGGUAUUAGAGUGUUCCCUGAUUAACAGCAUUCGUUUUGGAUCUGUACCAAAGGAUCCCAAAAUACUAGCAGCUCUUGAGGCUUUUGGAAAAUCAGAGAGUGAUCUGGAGGGGAGGAUAGUAUGUGUCUGCAGUGGCACCGACCUGGUGAAUAUCAGCUUCACUUAUAUGGUGGCAGAAAAUCCAGAAGUUGCUAAGCAAUGGGUAGAAGGGUUAAGAGCCAUCAUACAUAAUUUUAGAGCUAACAAUGUUAGUCCAAUGACAUGCCUCAAGAAACACUGGAUGAAAUUGGCAUUUAUGACAAACACAAAUGGUAAAAUUCCAGUUAGGAGUAUUACUAGAACUUUUGCAUCAGGUAAAACAGAAAAGGUGAUUUUUCAAGCACUUAAGGAGCUAGGUCUUCCCAGUGGAAAGAAUGAUGAAAUCGAGCCUGCAGCAUUUACUUAUGAAAAAUUUUAUGAACUAACACAAAAAAUUUGUCCUCGGACUGACAUAGAGGACCUCUUUAGGAAAAUCAAUGGAGACAAAACUGAUUAUUUAACGGUAGACCAAUUAGUGAGCUUUCUAAAUGAACAUCAACGAGACCCUCGACUGAAUGAAAUUUUAUUCCCAUUCUAUGAUACAAAAAGGGCAAUGCAGAUAAUUGAGACUUAUGAGCCUGAUGAUGAGUUGAAGACAAAAGGGCUCAUAUCCAGUGAUGGGUUUUGCAGAUAUCUGAUGUCAGAUGAAAAUGCUCCAGUCUUCCUAGACCGCCUGGAACUUUACCAAGAAAUGGAUCAUCCUUUGGCACACUAUUUCAUCAGUUCUUCCCAUAACACAUAUCUCACAGGACGUCAGUUUGGUGGGAAAUCUUCUGUGGAAAUGUACAGACAAAUACUCUUAGCUGGAUGCAGAUGUGUUGAGCUAGAUUGCUGGGAUGGUAAAGGAGAAGAUCAAGAACCAAUUAUAACUCACGGAAAAGCAAUGUGUACAGAUAUUCUCUUUAAGGAUGUGAUUCAAGCCAUCAAGGAAACAGCCUUUGUUACAUCAGAGUAUCCUGUCAUUCUGUCCUUUGAAAACCACUGCAGCAAAUAUCAACAGUACAAGAUGUCCAAGUAUUGUGAAGAUCUAUUUGGGGAUCUCCUGUUGAAACAAGCACUUGAAUCACAUCCACUUGAACCAGGAAGAUCAUUACCAUCCCCUAAUGACCUCAAAAGAAAAAUACUCAUCAAAAACAAGAGACUGAAACCUGAGGUGGAAAAAAAACAGCUUGAAGCAUUAAAAAGUAUGAUGGAAGCAGGAGAGUCAGCAGCCCCAGUAAAUAUCUUGGAAGAUGACAACGAGGAAGAAAUAGAAAGUGCUGACCAAGAGGAGGAAGCUCACCCAGAAUUCAAAUUUGGAAGUGAACUCUCUGCUGAUGACUUCAGUCAAAAGGAAGCUGUUGCAAAUAGUGUAAAGAAGGCUGCAGAAGACCUUGAACAUGAAAACAAUAAAAAGGGAUUAGUUACUGUGGAAGAUGAGCAGGCAUGGAUGGCUUCCUAUAAAUACGUGGGCGCUACAACCAAUAUUCACCCAUAUUUAUCCACAAUGAUCAACUAUGCCCAGCCUGUAAAGUUUCAGGGCUUCAAUGUAGCAGAAGAACGCAAUAUUCAUUACAAUAUGUCUUCUUUUAAUGAAUCAGUUGGACUAGGUUAUUUGAAGACACAUGCAAUUGAAUUUGUGAAUUAUAAUAAACGACAAAUGAGUCGGAUUUACCCCAAGGGAGGCCGAGUGGAUUCCAGUAAUUACAUGCCUCAGAUUUUCUGGAACGCUGGCUGCCAGAUGGUCUCACUGAACUAUCAAACCCCAGAUUUAGCGAUGCAAUUGAAUCAGGGAAAAUUUGAAUAUAACGGAUCAUGCGGGUACCUUCUCAAACCAGAUUUCAUGAGACGGCCAGAUCGAACAUUUGAUCCUUUCUCUGAAACACCUGUAGAUGGUGUUAUAGCAGCCACUUGUUCAGUGCAGGUCAUAUCAGGGCAAUUCUUAUCUGAUAAGAAAAUUGGUACGUAUGUAGAAGUGGAUAUGUAUGGUUUGCCCACAGACACUAUCCGUAAGGAGUUCCGAACUCGUAUGGUUAUGAACAAUGGUCUCAAUCCGGUUUACAAUGAGGAAUCGUUCGUAUUCCGAAAGGUUAUCCUCCCUGAUCUGGCUGUCUUGAGAAUAGCUGUGUAUGAUGACAACAACAAGCUGAUUGGUCAAAGAAUCCUCCCACUUGAUGGCCUCCAGGCAGGCUACAGACACAUUUCUCUUCGAAAUGAAGGGAAUAAACCAUUAUCACUGCCAACUGUUUUCUGCAACAUUGUGCUUAAAACAUAUGUGCCCGAUGGUUUUGGAGAUAUUGUGGAUGCUUUGUCAGACCCAAAGAAAUUUCUUUCUGUAAUGGAAAAGAGAGCAGAUCAGAUGAGAGCCAUGGGUAUUGAAACUAGUGACAUAGCUGAUGUGCCAAAUGACACUUCCAAGAAUGACAAGAAAGGAAAAGCCAAUAAUGCUAAGGCUAGUGUGACUCCUCAGAGCAGUUCUGAACUCAGACCAGCCACCACCUCCGCCUUGGGAGCAGGAAUUGAAGGGAAGAAAGGUAUUGAACUUAUCCCUCAAGUGAGGAUAGAAGAUUUAAAACAAAUGAAGGCUUACUUGAAACACUUAAAGAAACAACAGAAAGAAUUAAAUUCUUUAAAGAAGAAGCAUGCAAAGGAACACAGCACCAUGCAGAAGCUACACUGCACACAAGUUGACAAAAUCGUGGCACAAUAUGACAAGGAGAAGUUAUCUCAUGAGAAAAUUUUAGAGAAAGCAAUGAAGAAGAAGGGAGGAAGUAAUUGUCUUGAAAUGAAGAAAGAAACUGAAAUUAAAAUUCAGACAUUAACAUCAGAUCAUAAAUCUAAGGUAAAAGAGAUUGUAGCUCAGCAUACAAAAGAGUGGUCAGAAAUGAUUAAUACCCACAGUGCUGAGGAGCAAGAAAUCCGGGAUCUUCACCUCAGCCAGCAAUGCGAUCUUCUGAAAAAGCUGCUGAUCAGUGCUCACGAGCAGCAAACUCAGCAGCUGAAGCUCUCCCACGACAGAGAAUGCAAGGAAAUGCGUGCCAAUCAGGCCAAGAUUUCGAUGGAAAACAGCAAAGCCAUCAGCCAAGACAAAUCUAUCAAAAAUAAAGCAGAAAGAGAGAGGAGAGUCAGAGAACUAAACAGCAGUAACACUAAAAAGUUUCUGGAAGAAAGAAAGAGACUCGCAAUGAAACAGUCUAAAGAAAUGGAUCAGUUGAAAAAAGUUCAACUUGAACAUCUAGAAGUCCUGGAAAAACAGAAUGAGCAGCUUUUGAAAUCCUGUCAUGCAGUGUCUCAAACACAAGGCAAAGGAGAUGCAGCAGAUGGUGAAAUUGGAAGCCGAGAUGGACCGAAGACCAGCAACAGUGGUGUAAAGCUCCACAACCCCAAUUGAAAAGCUAAACAUGUCCAAAUGCUGCCCCCAACCCGCAGACCCCUAUACACUGAGGACUAAAACCAUUUCCUUCUAUUUGUUAUUUUUCCCCUUCUGUUUAGGCAAGAUAUUGCCUGAGACCACGGAGAAGAUGUGAGUCUGCAUUCAGUUUUAACAUUUUGAGUACUGAAGAACCUUAGUCAACCAGGAGUUAUUAAUGUUGUGACAAGCUGUCUUUUCAAGAAGGCACACAGUUUAACCAUUUGCAAUUCAAUUGAAGUAUUCUUUCCCCAUCAUCCCAAGAAAAUGAGCUUGGUAUUCAAAACCCUGCUUUGUGAUAUACCAGGAUAGGUUUGAGUAACGGCAACAAUCAUGCAGAAAAUGCAUGCAUUGGAAAACUUCUUUCUGCAAAUUCAUCAGCAGAAAUUCUAGUGUGAUAUAUCAAUAACUUUACAGGAUAUUCCUUACAUCCAAGUUACCUCAUUAGUAAGUGCCAUAUCUUCAUCUUGCCGAAAGAAGCCAAUUUCCUGUAAAAUUUGUUGAUGUGGUUAAAUGAUGGAAAAUACAGGACAACUGUAUUUGUGCCAAAUUUCAUCAGUGCUCAAAGGUUAAAAGAAUUGCGUUAGGCACUUUAGGAAAAGUUUACAUCAAACAUUGCUUUAGAGAAUUUGCAUUUUGAUCCUACUGCUGCAGAUUCCCAAUAUUACAAGUCAUUGUUGUAUCUUAAAGAUUGUGAAAUGGAUAUUGGCAAAAGUUUGUAACUGUGAAAAUGUAUAAAAUAUUUAUACACUUUAAUUCACAAUAUUGUAGAAAAUCACUUAACUGUUGCCACAUGACAAGAUUAAUAAGCAGGAUUACUAGACCUGUGUUUGCAUGACACAAGCACCAAUGAUGACUAUAAAUGUGUACGACCACCGUCCUUCUCUUACCAAGUAAAUGCUGAUUAAACAUAUGGCACAGAAUAGCAUUUGACUAAUUAUCAAGACUUUUAGCAAAAUGAACCAAGUAUAUAUAUAAAUAUAUACAUAUAUAUGUGUGUGUAUAUGAAUUACGUGGGCAUUCUUGAUACUUCAAGUUCUAGUUUAAAAAGAAGUACAUAACUAAUUUAAUUUUACACUAAAAUAUUUAUGCAGAUUUUCAGAAUUUCAUAUCAGGAAAUAACCUUUUUAUGUCUGUUAAAUAUUUAAAAAAAACAAUUUGCUACAGUGUUAAUCUGCAUGGUCUUAAAGCCUGCUGUAGUUACAUUGCAGAACAGUGCAUGAAAGCAUUCCAUUUGGAAUUUUACCAUGCUGCCAACCAAUACAAAGGAGACUGCAUGGAAACUUGGUAGUUUAGAACCAAUCAGAUUACUGAUUUUAGUACACAAAGCACCUAUUGAAUUGUUGCAUAUGCUUGUACAAACUGAUUCUGUGUAUUCCUAUGAACAAAACAGAUGGCAAGAUAAAAUUAUGCUACCAUCAUCUUGAAAUUAAAACUUUUGAUUUCUCUAAUAAAAAGUUUAAAACAAA